GUGGAGAGAGGGGCGGAGUAGCUCGGCUGCUGAGCUGACUGAAUUGACUGACUGUUGUGUGCGAGCGAGAGCAAGCAGUGCCAGGAUUUGUGCUUCCCCCGUUCGCCCCCCGAGUUUUUCCAGCGUCGCGGACGCGAAAGGUGCCUGCACCCGGGCCAGGUCGCAUGCUGUGAGGGCAGCCAGGAGCCGUUCGGAUUACCUUUGGACGCACGCCAGCUGCAGCAGACGAGAGGCGAGACUGACCGUUCGUGGUGGUUUCUGGAGGCAAGAUGUCGCACCACAGUGACGACAACAUGCUGAUCGCGACCAGCGACUCGUUCUGGGAGCCCAACAACUACAAGCGCACGACCAAGCGCAUCGAGGACGGCUACAAGCUGUCCUCGGACCUGGUCACGCUGCUCCAGGAGCGGGCCGAAAUCGAACGCACGUACGCGCGCAGCCUUAGGACCUGGUCCAAGAAGUGGAACGACCUGAUCGAGAAGGGGCCAGAGUACGGCACCUCGGAGGCCGCCUGCAAGGGCGUCCUGGUCGAGGCUGACCGCCUCUGCGACCUGCACACCAAGGUCAGGGACAACAUUUGCAACGACGUCAUCACGCAGGUCAAGAACUGGCAGAAGGAGAACUACAAAAAGUCGAUGAUGCAAAUCAAGGAGAGGAAAGACAUGGAGGACAACUUCAAAAAGGCCCAGAAGCCGUGGGCCAAGCUGCUGACCAAGGUGAACAAGGCCAAAGCUGACUACCACAACGCGUGCAAAACGGAGAAGUCAGCCGCUAACCAGGAACGAAACGCGACCGGCGACAGUUCGCUCUCCCAGGACCAGAGAAACAAUUUGGUAAAGAAAAUGCAAGACCGCGUACAGAAGUCGAAGGAGGAGGUGCAGAAGUGCAAGGACAAGUACAACCAGGCGCUGAGGGAAAUCACUGAGUACAACCCCAAGUACAUGGAAGAUAUGACGGUCGUGUUUGAAAAGUGCCAGGAGAACGAGGCCCACCGGCUGCAGUUCUUCAAGGAGAUCCUCUUCUCGAUCCACAAACACCUCAACAUUUCACAGGACCCAAUGCUGCCCCAGAUCUACGAAGAAUUCUACCACACGAUCAACAACGCGGACCACGUGAAGGACCUGAAGUGGUGGUCCAACAAUCACGGUAUCAACAUGGCCAUGAACUGGCCGCAGUUCGAGGUACCGAAUCUCAAUCGCACUUCACGCAUGCCAUUCUUCCGCCUAUCGUUUUUUGCUUGGUUUAGAACUAAAGAUUACACGGAAGAGUUCCGCGACAUUUCGAGGGGCAAGGGCAAGGACGGCCUCCCUGCCGGCCAGAUCACCCUCAUCCACCAGAGAAGCGUCUCCGAGGACGUGCAUCAUGAGAAACCAUUUUUGAAAAAGCUAAACAAAAUGACGCGGGAGUACCCGCCGACCAACAACAAGAGUCUGAAGAAGGCUCCCGCCUCCCGGAUGAUUUCCAACGACGUCACUGACACAAAGGACGUCAAGGGCAGCAAAGAGAAGGUCGACAGUAGCAGGCCGGCAGCGCCAAUCACGAACGGCAAGAGUCCGCCGCAGCAGUCGCAGAACUCACAGAAUUCGCAGGACAGCAACCCGUUUGAUAACGAGGAUGAGGAGUGGGAGGAUGACAGCGCGCUCAAGGACAACGGAGAGCCAGGAGUUCCGGUCAAGGCGCUCUACGACUACGAGGGAGCCGAAUCUGACGAGCUCAGCUUUAAAAUUGGUGAUGUUUUUGAGAAGCUGGAAGAUGAGGAUGAGCAGGGCUGGUGUAAAGGGAGGAAAGACGGCCGUGUGGGCCUGUACCCGGCCAACUACGUGGCGCCAGUGUAGGCCAGAAGCACGCGUCGUGUCGUGUCGCGGUGGCUAGGACUAAACAGACUAACUGGUUCUUAUUAACAACAACAACUACUACAAACACAGCGAGCCGAACACGCGCUCGCUCGGUUCAAACGAGAGAGAGAAAGAGAGACGAAAUCAGGAAAUCAGCUCAGCCCACCCCUGUCGUCCGACAGUGUCACAGUUCUGCUACCUCUCUCUCUUUCUCCCCGUAUGUCUGUCUGGAAAAAGGUUUUCUCUCACUCUCAGCAUUCGUCUCUGUGUGUUAGAAAGGGAAACGCGUCGUGUGUUCCCCUCAAGGCCGUAGAGACUUGAUCGAUGAUAAUAAUUCACAGUUGUUGCCGCCGCUUCUCUUUCGUUUAGAUUGUGUGGACCAAUUUCGAAUUCAAACACAGACACGUAGGCAAUAAUAUCGAGUGCAAACUGUGCCAACUCGGUUUAAUUUUGAUGUUUUUCUCCCUCCCGUCCGCCUCAGUUUUUUUUUAAUCCGAACGUCCCGUGUCGAGUCGAUCGCUUCGAAAGUUUACGGAAUUUCAGUUGACCUGGCAGCUUGCCUGACAAGAAAAUUCGCAACCUAAAAUAAACCAUUUAUUUGUAUUCGUUGCUCGAAACUGAUGUAGAAAUUAAUGAAACUCGGAAGCGAUCGUCCAGCUUUGCGUUUCUCCCGCCCUCCCCUGCCAAGGCUGUAUUAUGUAUUGUGUACCAACCAACUGCGUAAUAGUUAUUACUAUUUUAUCAAAUGUGUUAUGUUUUCGAGAAGUAAGGAAAGAACAGUAACCAUUCCUCAUUGAUCAUUGUUUAAUUCUAUUUAGAGCGACGUACGUACGGUAAUAAUUCUACGAGUUAAGUUGCAAUCAUUUUAACCUAGAGAGUUUAAACACAGAGGAAGAUUUUGUCUAAUUAAACACGAGAGUGCUGUACAUACAUGGUUAUUAUUAUGAGUUGAAGUAAAAAAAACCGCCUGUCCUGCUGCUAAAAAGUGAUCGAUUGGAAGGAAAUAAUAAUGAAUAAAUAUAUACAUAUGAUUGUAAUGCUCAAUUUUUGUGCUCGCCCACUUUUGCGUAGGAUGCGGUCCGAGGCAGCAAACAAACACACACCCCGCACUUCGAUUGUUGAGUAAUUGUAGCUGAUUAUUAAUUUCUGAGCUAUUUUUUUUGUUUCCCGCAAUCGGACGACUAACCAAGAUUUAUCUUCGGGAGAAUGGAACAUGCUGAUUGUGCUCUGUAUAUCGAACGUGUAUACAUAAAUUACAUAAUUAUUAUAAAUAAAUACAUGAUUUAACACACAGCAACAACAACAAAAAAAUAGAAAGAACACUCAUAUACAUCUGUCUGUACACUUGGAGAGAUUUUGUAAUAGAGGUGCUUCCCUUUAUGUUAAAAUAAUAAUUCAAUAAAUAAAGAUGUCAUUGUAAAUGAU